ACACAUUCGGAUCGUUUAAUUGCUAUGUGAGCAAUUUAUAUUGCCACCGAGAUAAACGUUUUUGGUAAUAAAAUAUCAAUAAUCCACAACAACUCAAUGUUAGCGUGGCAAGAACUCUUUCUUAAUGAUUCACGAUAAUCACUUAUCUAUAUUGUCGGUUAAGAUAUUUACUUUUUGUGCGGAAAAUAAAAUAUUAUUUUAGCAGCUUACGUACUGUAAGACAUUCGGAGUAGUACAGUGGAUGAGGUUGCGUGUGCUAAGCUGAAUUUAAUAUAAAACUUCAGUCGUUGCGUAUCGUAUAAAACUAUAGAAUCGUUUUUGUGUUUGCCUAUCUUUAAGAUCUAACUUCAAAGAAAGCGACCGGAAUUGAUAAAAAAAUAAACUAAACGAACUGAUCAAACAGAAAAGAAAUGACUAACAAACGAGUGAAAUGCAUGUCGUGCAUGCGUACAAAUUUACUGACAAUCCUCACCCUGAUUGGUGUUGUGGUAGGUAGUGUAUUAGGUAUUAUCUUAAGGUCGACCAGAGAUGGAACGUGGACGGAACGCGAAGUGGUUUAUAUUCAAUUUGUCGGAGAUCUAUUCCUGAGAAUAUUGAAAGGUCUAGUUCUCCCAUUGAUUGUGUCGACGCUGAUAGCUGCGAUCGGGACUCUUGAUCUAUCAGUGUCCGGAAAAAUGGCGAGAGUAGGUGGCACUUACUAUGUAAUAACAACGACCAUAGCUAUUAUUUUGGGAAUAGUGCUUGCAGUGACCAUAAAACCUGGUGCUAAUCGAAGCAGUGAUUCAGGAAAUCAACCAGAAAUCAGUGUUAGAAAUGUGACGACUGUAGACACUUUGCUGGAUUUGGUGAGGAAUAUGUUUCCACCGAAUUAUGUGCAGGCAUGUACUCAACAAUACCAAACAGUCCUUACAGCGCCUGCCGGCUAUGACGAACCUGAUAUUUACAAAUGGAAAAUGGGUGAGGACUAUGUAGAUUCAAUGAAUAUAAUUGGCUGUGUUGUAGCAGCUGUAGCUUUUGGAAUAGCAAUCAGUUCACUCAAAGAACAGGCAAUUCAUGUGCAACAAUUCAUCAACGAUUUCAGUGUCAUCAUCAUGAAAAUCACAUCUUGGGUGAUAUGGCUGUCACCUGUCGGUGUACUGUUUUUGAUUUGUGCCAAGCUGAUAGAAAUUGACGAUUUGGCAGUAUUGGUGGGACAGCUUGGAUUAUACUUCGUCACCGUAUUGGGUGGAAUUCUUUUCCACGGAUUUGUCAUACUUCCGAUUCUUUACUUUCUGGCAGUUCGUAAAAAUCCAUAUAUAUUGGUCAGGAAUAUGGGUCAGGCUAUUGCAACUGCAAUCGGUACGUCGUCUAGUUCAGCUACACUUCCCGUGACUAUUCGCUGCAUGGAAGACUUUCACGGAGUCGAUAAGCGUGUUACACGAUUUAUAUUACCUAUUGGCGCAACAAUUAACAUGGAUGGCACAGCAUUGUACGAAGCUACAGCCGCAAUAUUUAUAUCACAGUUACGUGGCAUGUCGUUAAGUUUUGGCCAGGUAAUUGCCGUUGCUAUUACGGCUACAGCAGCUAGUAUAGGCGCAGCAGGUAUACCACAAGCAGGGCUUGUCACGAUGGUCAUGGUAUUGGAUACCAUUGGAUUGCCAGCUGAGGACGUUAGUUUAAUUAUUGCUGUUGAUUGGUUGCUGGAUCGCUUUAGAACUGUGGUAAAUAUUAUGGGUGACGCAUAUGGAGCUGCAAUCAUAGCACAUUAUGCUAAAGACGAAUUGGCACAAAUUGAAGUGGAGCCGGAAGAGUCGCAUCAAAAGUCUAAUGGGGAGUUAACUUCGGUAAACGAUACUGGGUUGUGAAUGUUGCAAGUGAAAUUCUUUGUUAUUAAACGAAAUGAUUUUAG